UGUGUCGCUUGAGCAAGAGUCGUGGAGCUCUGAGGCGUUGACUUCAUAUCACGGCGCACCGAGUCGGGUCUGCAUACUUCGGUACUUUGGUACUUCAAUUCGGCGGCUUUCUCUCGCGAUGGCGGGAAAUGGCAGUCCCGCCCAGGCCAUCUGUCUAUCCGUCCGUUUGGCCCAAGCCCCGGCCGGUCCCCACUUUCCUCAUCCCCCCAUCGCCCAUGCUCUGUUUGCACCAUGACCAUCGUCGCCAGACAGAUCAGCAACCGACCGCUCUAUGCCCUCGAUGCUCAUCCAGCAUCCGGCACGAUUGUUGUCGGCGGGGCGGACCAUUCUCUCCGCACCCUGGACAUGCACACCCUCGAGCUGCGACAUGAGCUUUACAGCAAGAAGUUUGGCCACCGCGAGUGGGUCACGACAUGCUGCUUCCUCGGCGACGGCCAGAUCGUCUCGGGGGGCAUGGACUCGGUCGUUUGUCUCUGGAGCGCCCAGGGUACUCGCACAUCAAGGUCGGCCAAGUCGAUCGUCCCAUGCGAGCACCUCGUUGACCACCAGGGGUCGAUCAGCAAGGUCCUCGCUCUCCAGGACGGCCGAUCCUUUGCGUCGGCCUCAUACGACUCUUCGGUCAAGAUCUGGGGCGUCUCAAGAGCAUCGUCGGCCCCGACAUUGUUAGCGACGCUGAUCACGCCCUCGUCUUCUGCAACACCAGCAGCGUCGUCGAUGUCGUCCGCAUCGGCUGCAACGACACUCCAGACGAGCCCAGUCGGAUCGAGGAUGCCAUCGCGACCAAAGCUGACCCCGGUCCUUGGGCUUGCGCUGGCUCCGCAAGCCGAUCGCCUCCUCGCAGGGAACGGCGAUGGCGUUGUCACGGUGUGGGAUCUGACUUCGAUGCAAGCCGUCGCCCGCAUCGCUGCACAUCGAGGCGCCGUGAGAGACCUCGUCGCCCUUGGCGACGGCAACGUUAUCGUGACCGGCGGCAAUCUCGAUGGAUGCGUGCGCAUGUUCGACUUGCGGAUUCCGCCCGACAAGGGCCGGGGAGUGCACAAGGCCGUCGAUGUGCAUGGGAAAGGAGGUGGCAUUGUCGGACUAGCUGCCUCGGAGACAGCAAUCUUCACGGCCGGAGGCGGGGAUGGCUCCGUCAGCAUAUUGGAUCGAUCUCUGACGACAAUUGCGGCGGCCCGACCCUUUGAUCGCCAGUCAGCGUCGCCUGCUCGAUGCCCGCCGUCCCCAGACCAGAUCGUCUAUGCCCUCAAGGCGACACCAACGGGCGGUGCUGUCGCAAGUGCGGGUGGUGGAAGCGUUGCGCUCGUCUCGCCCGAUGGCUCUUCGACACUGCUGCCCCGACACGAGAGCAUCAGGAAUGCGAUCCGAGACUUUUGGAUCGGCAGCGACAGGCUGGUUGGGUGCGGCGACGAUGGAACAGUCGUUGCCGUGGGAAUUCGGGCAUGGAGCCAGCCGGGCACGACGCCAUAG